AUGGCGUCAGACACUGCGAAGGGACAGCUGGGGCAGAAUGGCUCGAGCUUCACCCUUCGACCCAGGCUCACAGGCAUGCUGCGCGCCCGGUUAUACCCGGCCGAUGCCGUGCAUUUCGAUAUGGAUUUGGAGGAGAUCCGUCGAUACAAGGCCUUCGAAGGACAAAAGGGUAAGAACGGCGAGACCAAGAUCACAGCAAAGGACGGCUUUUGCAUGCAGAAGUUCGUGCGGCCGGAUGGGCUGGCGGGAGACAAGCACGAUGCGCGACAGUACUUCAACUCCUUCUUGAACCAAUGUGCCAAGGUUGCAGGAGAUGAGGUGGAUCGUCAAAGCAUCGCCGAGUUCGUGUAUGACACCACCUCUGGAAAGGGCAUGUCCAUGAACGAGGAUGAGCAGUUCGAAGCCAUCAAGCAGGUGAUAUUGACCUUCACGAAGCAGGACUUCAGCCGCCUGCGCGGCCUUUCCCAGAAGCUCUUCAGGUACGACCGCUUCCCAGCAAGUGAUGAGAAGUCCAAGAUCAGCACUAAGCCGCAGACAGAGAUGGAGUACGAGUUCGGCUCCGAUUUGGACUUCAUCUACCCCUUGGAUGCGAGUACCUCAGGGGGCUGGCGCAUGACGCCCGACGAACCGGAGCCGGAAAGCUCGGAGCAACUCUUCAUGAACCGCGCCAAGGCGCUCAUGGCCGACAGUGCCAGACCGAAGGAGCCGAAGCCGAAGCCCGGCUCCGUCGCCCCGCGCAAGGAACUCCUGUGGUUCCGUGACGCUUGUGAAGAACACCUGGCCCGGGCAGCAGGAUCUUCUUCCUCAAGUUCCAUGACGGUGGAAGAGCUCAUGGGACAACUUCUGGAGACGUUGGACAAGGGCGAGGACGCAGAUCAGAAUGCCUUGAUCGAUUUCUUGGGCUUUGAAGCUUUCGAGUUGGUGGAGCAACUCAUCGAACGCCGGCGGCAAAUCCUAGAGGAUUGGGUCGAGUUAAAGAAACAGGCCUCCGAGCUGAUCUCCAAGCAGGGCACUGUGACGACGGCCAAGCCGCAGCGGGGCACGAGCUUCGGUCCCCGGAUCUCGGUCAUGUCGGAGAGCGAGAAGCGCCACGCCAAGCAGUCGAAGAAGGCAGCCAUACGUGAGAAUCGGCCUACAGGAGAGUUGGCCCACAUGGCAGCACUCCAGUUACUGGCCACUCUGACUGACGAGCCCGCAGCUGACCUGGAGAUCAAGAAGCCCUUGGCGAAGCCAAGUGCUGACAAGAACAAGAACGUUCAUCAGUCUAGCUUGUCUGGCAUGGGGCUCAAGCUGGUGCUGCCCGAGGGCACACAGAGGCAGGUCCUCAAAGGAUAUGAGCGGGUGGAUGUGCCUGCUGCUCCGCCUUUUGAUCCAGAGAAAGGCAAGGUGAACUAUGUGCAGAUCAAGGAGCUACCGCAAUGGGCACAAGUGGCCUUCAAGGGCACCGAACAGCUGAAUACCAUCCAAUCCAUCGUCUUCAACGCUGCCUUUGGACGCUCGCAGAACCUGCUGAUUUGUGCACCGACAGGAGCCGGGAAGACAAACAUCGCAGUGCUCACCAUCUUGCGGCUCAUCGGGCAGCAUAUGGAUGCUGCAGGCGGCCUGGGCCGUGACUUUAAGGUGGUCUACAUGGCUCCGAUGAAAGCCUUGGUCGGGGAGGUCGCUGAGAAGUUCCAGCAACGCUUGGGGCCUUUGGGUGUCAACGUGGCGGAACUCACCGGGGACAUGAACCUGACCAAGAAGGAGCUGGAGCAGGUGCAUGUGAUUGUCACCGUGCCCGAAAAGUGGGAUGUAAUGACGCGCAACACCGCGUGUGGCGGGGGACAGAGUGAUGACAGCUUGCAGAAACUGGUGCAGCUGAUCAUCAUCGACGAGGUGCACCUCCUCAACGACGAGCGCGGCGCCGUCAUCGAGACCGUGGUGGCGCGGUCCUUGCGCUUCCAGGAAACCAGUGGACAGCCAGUGCGAAUUGUGGCCUUGUCAGCGACUUUGCCCAACUAUCAGGACGUCGCAGCCUUCCUACGGGUGGAGGGAGAGAAUCUCUUCUACUUCGACUCCUCCUAUCGGCCCAUUCCACUGGAGACCUCCUUCCUGGGCAUCACCGAGACCAACCGCGUGAAGCAAAUGGCCAAGCUCAACGAGAUUUGCUACGAAGCCGUCAUUGAACAGGUCCGCAAAGGGCACCAGGUCAUGGUCUUCGUUCACUCGCGUGGUGAUACGUACAAGACGGCAGACACUUUAGCACAGAUGGCCAACGACCACCAGCAACUGGGUUUUUUUGAUAUGCGCACCCAUAUGCAGUUUGGAUAUUUCCAGCAGCAGGUGCAGAAGUCCAGGAACAAACAGGUGCAGAUGAUUUUCGACAAAGGUUUUGGCAUCCAUCAUGCGGGCAUGCUGCGGUCGGAUCGGACGCUCACCGAGAAGAUGUUCUUGGCGGGGGUGGUGCCCGUGCUAUGCUGCACCGCCACGUUGGCUUGGGGCGUGAACUUGCCAGCGAGGAGUGUGAUCAUCAAGGGCACCUCGAUCUUUGAUUCCCAAGCCGGCGGUUACAAGGACCUGGGCAUCUUGGAUGUGCAGCAGAUUUUUGGUCGUGCCGGGCGCCCGGGCUUCGAUACCCAAGGCCAUGCGACCCUGAUCACUGAACACGCGAACUUGAACAACUAUUUGCGCUUGCUGUUGCAUCAGAUGCCCAUCGAGUCCAAAUUCUUGGAGAACAUGGCCAAUGCACUGAACGCAGAGAUCGCCAUGGGCAACGUCUCCAGCGAGAAGGACGCAGCCGAUUGGCUCCGCUAUUCCUACCUCUUCGUCCGCUUCUUCCGCACACCCCAGAAGUUUGGUAUCACACAGCAGGACUUUGAGAGGGAUCCUUCCUUGGAGAAGAAGAGGCGUGAGUUCGUCCAUGAGGCCGCCACCAAACUUUGCAAUGCCCGACUGAUUCGUAUCGACAACAACCGCAACUACAACCCGACAGAUCUGGGCCGCGUGGCGGCUCGCUUCUAUGUGGAUUGGGAAACGGCGGAGUCCUUCAGCAAGGGCCUCGUUCAAGAGAUGACCGACGACAGGAUCUUAGCACUCUUUGGGAAAGCCCAUGAGUUCUCUCAGCUCAAGAGCCGUGAAGACGAACAAGCAGAGCUGGGCACGUUGAUGGAAGACCCACAGGUGUGUCCUGUGAGGGUCCUUGGUGGCACCGAUAACAUCUAUGGCAAGGUGGCCAUUCUGCUGCAGGUUUAUCUCAGCCGCCGCUACAUCGACGGCUUCAGCCUGGUCAGCGAUUGCAACUACGUCCUGCAAAACGCCUCCAGGCUUUUCCGCGCUUUGUUCGAGAUCACCAUGACCCGGGUGACGAACAUGAGCGAGAUGAGCGACCGGCUGCUGGAGUGGUGCAAGAUGAUUGACCAGAGGCUUUGGCAGAGUCAACAUGUGCUUCGGCACUUCUGCUAUCCACCUGGAAGCUCCAGUAGCAACAAGGGCGGGAAGAGCCUGGACGACGGGCCCAAGGGCGGCGUGUUGAAGGAGCAGAUCGUGAAGAAGCUCGAGGAUGCCAAUUUCGACUAUUGGACCAUCAUCAACAUGACGGUGAGUGAACUGACCAACAUCACCAGGAGUAAGGACUGGGGCAAGGCAGUGGACAAGUACAUGAGGCGCGUGCCCAACUUGAUUCUGGAUGCCAAGAUUCAGCCGAUUACCUCGACCAUCAUGAGGCGGCCGGCCGAGCGCCGGUUUUGA